CCGGAGAGAAAUACGACGCAGCUUGAUAACCAAUAGACGCUGCGUUGACUCAUGCGUUCAUUCACGUAGUGAAUAAAGUGGAAAGUGGAUUGUAUUCAGUGUUGCGUCAACGCCGCAAGAAGAGACAACGUAACGUUCGCGUUCUUAUUAUUGUUGUAAACAAUACGAAUAUAAAUGGGUUGAUAAUGAUGUUGGCGAGUAGUGAUUAAUAAAUACGAAACAGCAGCGAAAAUGUAGCGCUAUAAAAUAAUAAAUGGGAAGGCGACCGUACGAAAACAUUACGAUUUCGAACAGCCGGUUUGAAAAUACUUUUUUCAUGAUAACAACGAUAGAUUGCGCUUUUGAAGACGCCGAGUGCGUUGCUUAUCAUCAAAAGCAAAAAUAAACGUUCAGUGGAAAAUGACAAAACAGUGCGUAACAAUCGUUGAGAAUUUAUUUUACGCCCACCAGUAAAAAAUUGCGUGGAACAAUGUAAAUACGACGGGAAGGCGUUACAGUGAAAGUAUGUAACUGGAAAAAAAAACAUCAAAAAACAUACGUACACGUAAUGCCGGUAUCUAACCUCGUGGCGUCCUAAGUUCGAAAGACAUCUUUAAGAAUUGACGUUACAUCGUUGUGUCUGAAUUUCGAUUGACAGAUUCGUGCGUCGAGAAUAGAAUAAAAAAAGAGGCUUUGAGUGCCGGAGACACCAUUUUAUCUUUCAUUCGACGACCUUCUCGAAAGUCUCGCAGCUGGAAGACGACGAGUCUCCGCCCUAAUCUCUCGAAAUCUAGCCGCUGAUGCCACAAAAAAAAUUGAGAAGAAACGAAGCUUACGGUGCUUUUCCCUUUCGAUCUCUCAUCUCUCUUUCGAUAAAUCUCGACCAAAGUGUCGCCGAGUUUCUCAACCUGCGUCUAGCACGUCAAGUAUUCUCCGAGCAACAAAGUUUCACAGCCUUGCUCUCGUGGAAUCAGAGUAAAAAUAAUAGCCGGCGAGAACAUACUAGAAAAAGACCCAGCUGUGCGUACAGGAGAGAAAGCACGAUAUACGAGUGAGGGAUAGCGUGCAACAUUUCUUUCUUCUUUACGAAGGGGCGUCCGCGUGUUUACGUCCGUCGACCAUAACAUCGAUGACCUUGAAAGUACAGCGGUCACGUGACCGCGCAAAGCCCAUCGGAUUGGUGUGUAAGGGAGUCGUGGGACACUGGCAAACUGCGCCGUGAUAUACAAUUAUUAUAUACAUAUAUACGUAUAUUCUCUCCAUCGUUUCUUUUCUUCGUGUUCAUGCGCCAGAGAGCGUUGGUGUCGCCGUCUUGUAAGUGUGCGUGUGUUUUCCUUCGAAAGUGAAAGAUUCUCGUUUCUCUGUAGUUGCCAGUGAAUUUUUUGUCCUCAACCGAUUAAAAACUCGACUUUUACUCGCCGAUCUAUAACCGCCGCUUGUUUAAACGCGAAUAAUAGUACUGUACCAAAAAACUGGAACAACAGCCUCGGUAAAUUAGUUUUUUAGAAGCGCCGCAGCUGGCGCCUCGGUCGCUGGAUUCGCCGCUCGUGUAAAUCCUCUCACACAUACACGAGCGAGUUUAGUAGCGCUUGUGCAAGCGCCCGUGUGCGCGCGGGUGUACGUAUAUGUGUUUUUCAACGCGGUGUUGUCCAAGAUGAAGUCCGACUCGAAACCUUUGUUGACAGCUCAGGCGGAAAAAGCGAAUCAUUACACAUACUUGAAAGAAUUUCGCGUCGAACAAUGUCCCCUAUUUAUACAGCGAAAAUGCACCCAGCAUCGGCCCUUCACCUGCUUCAAUUGGCACUUCAUGAAUCAAAGGAGAAGAAGACCCGUCAGAAAAAGGGACCGCACCUUCAACUAUAGCGCCGAUAAUUAUUGCACCAAAUACGACGAAACGACCGGCAUUUGUCCCGACGGCGACGAAUGUCCCUAUCUGCAUCGGACAGCCGGUGAUACGGAGCGACGUUAUCAUUUACGAUACUAUAAAACUUGUAUGUGCGUCCACGACACCGACACACGUGGAUUUUGCGUUAAGAAUGGUCCCCAUUGUGCAUUCGCCCACGGUAAUCACGAUCUACGACCGCCGGUCUACGACAUCAAAGAGAUUCAGGCGCUCGAGAACCCGGACUCGGAUCCCAAUUCUUCGUCCAACGGUCCGAACAUCCUCGACAAAGAGAGAAAUCUCAUGAACGAAGACCCCAAGUGGCAGGACACUAAUUACGUUCUGAGCAAUUAUAAAACCGAACCGUGCAAACGACCACCGAGAUUGUGCAGACAGGGAUAUGCUUGCCCCCAGUAUCAUAAUAGCAAAGACAAACGACGCAGUCCUCGCAAAUAUAAAUACCGCUCGACGCCAUGCCCAAAUGUAAAGCAUGGCGAAGAAUGGGGCGAACCGGGCAACUGCGAGCAGGGUGACGCGUGCACUUAUUGUCAUACGCGUACCGAACAACAAUUUCAUCCUGAAAUAUAUAAAUCAACAAAAUGCAACGACGUGCAACAGGCCGGUUAUUGUCCCCGCGGAGUCUUCUGCGCGUUUGCGCAUGUCGACCGUGAGUUUACCCUCAUCAAUCUCUUGCCAACAGAAGAAAUGAGCCUGGCGAGAGACAUGGCGGUUCCCAUAGAUUGUGGCACUAAUUUGGCGGAUCUUCUGAGCAACGCUUUGCCUCCUGACAAGCGAGCUCACGAUAAGGAAAAGCCUCUCGGCGACAGCAGUUUUACCGCGUUACAGAACGGAAGCGGUGAAGUUUCGGAAUCUGCGAGCACAAGCAGCUUAGGCAGCAACAGUUCGCAUAGCAAAGCACCCGGGGCUCAACUUCAUAACUCGAAUGCAAACUCGAGCUCGAACGCUCAACAAAAACUCACCAGUAUGCUGUACAAUCCGGGUUCUCUGCUUCAUGUUAGUGAUAUACGUAAACAAAUGGUGGCGAUAGAGAACGAUCCUCUUUUAACGAAAUCGGAGAAAGCGCAAAGAAAACAGAGUCUUUACAUAGCUUACAAUUUGAACGGUUCUCUGAGCGGACAUUCGUUAGGCACGGCGGUUUCGCCUCUUUCCAACUCUUUUUAUCCCAACGACACCGUCGAAUCCGUUGUCGGAAACGCGUUGGACGACUUGCAUCUGGACGAUCCUCUUAGCUUAGUAGAUUCAAUUCAUAGGGAAACAAAUUCGCCGAUAAGCAAUUCAAUUUCUGCGGGUCUCGCGAGCUCUGGAUUACUCGGGAGUUCUGCGCCCGUCAACAUACCAGGAAUCGCUGAGCGUUCCGUAUUGUCGAAUUUUUCACCCUCGACUUCCAGUCCUCUUCAGCAUUUACAAUCAGCCGGCUUUCUCACCGGUUCGAGAUUCUCUCAUCAAGAUCCCAUCGAAUCAACGAUGUCGUUCAUGAACCAAGUUUCGGAUCCAUUUAGCAAUCACAUCUCUCAACUGAGCAGUUCCGCUUCAAAAUUAAGCGGGUUCAACAGUAGCUUAUUCGAUUUCGCGAACCAAGGAAUGUCUCCGUCCCGGACGCAACCUCUUCCGGCCUCGCCUCUCGUCAAUGCCUUCUCCCUCAGUCCCAGCAAUACCGGAUCUCUUUCGGAGUUACAGGUGCAGAGAUUGCGCGAAGAGCUAACGUCCAGCAGAGCUCAGCUCGCAACCUGGGACGAGCGAAUAAAUCAAGCUCGGGCUGCUUGCGCCGCGUGGCAUUUGGAGAGCGAGGAAGCGAAGCGCAAAGCAUCGAUCGCUGAACAGCAACGAGAUGAGGCAUUGCUUCAAAUGAAGGCUUUAAGAGUGGAAAACGAGGCAUCGAGCGGCGGUCCGUAUCUUCACACGCUCCGAAGAACGAGCGAGCUGAGAUCACUGUCGAUAGCGACCCUAAAGUCGAUACAGUCGCAGCUCCGUCUCGAUCUCGAAGAGGUUGAAAAGGUGCUGUACAGGGAAACCGCAGCAAAGUGCAUGUCGUGCGAGGAACAGAAACGCGCAGUGACACUGUCACCGUGCAAUCAUUACGUGGUAUGCUCGACGUGCGCACCGAAUCAACGCGAAUGUCCCUACUGCCAGACACCGGUUGCCUCAACCAGCUAGGUAUCAAUGACAUUUGACGUGUGCUAUGUCGCUAAGCGAUUAUUAAUCGCUGCUCAACAACAACAACAACAAGAGCAACAACAACGACAGCACGGAUGGAAAACUGACGAGAGGAAAUCGAGGUGUGUUGUCUUCGGGCUAAACAUCAGCGAGCAAGGACUAACAAGAUAUCAGUCUUGGAGGCCCAGCGAUCAAGAAGUUGAACGCGAAAAAAAAACAAAAAAACAAAGAAAUCUGAAGAAAUAAGCGAAACAUUUGUGAAUUGUUCCGAUGUUUCUCUUCUAUCUAAUCUUUCCAUCGUCGUCGACUAAACACAACAUACCCGUGACUUUAUUCUUCCUCGAAAUAACAUCAACAUCGUCACCAUUAUCUCCGAAAUAUGAUAUGAAAAAAGAAAAGAAGAAAACCAAUUUUUAUAUUAAUCUUUUUCUAUUUUUGUUUUGUUUUUUUUUUUCUAUCGUAUUUGAGACCCCGAGGCUGCCUCGAGUCACACAAAUUCCUCGUUCAAAAUGAAAUAUUGUAGGGUAGUUUAUGCGCAAAAAAGUUGAUGUCAUUUGCGAAUUAUCAAUGUGCGAGAUGUUUCAAAAGAAAACUGAAAAACUUAAUGAGAUACAGUAUAUAAGUAAACGCAACAAAUUUAUUCCACGAAUCUACGAUUCAUGGCUCGUUUUUUAAAAUUCGGAUCAACACUAUCUGCGCAAUGAAUGUUUCUCUCUAUUUAUCAAACUCGAAUGAAACGUAUGCAUUUUUUUUUCAAGACUUCACGGUGAAUCGUUGGGGACAAAAAAGAUUCGAGUGUCGAAGAGAUGCGGCUAUUAAUUCCCCGUGAAAUCAGUUUCGGACCGAUUUUUAGAAAUGGUGUGCGCAAAUACUUUUUUGUAUGCGAAAAGAAAGUUCAUUGAAGACAAUCCCAUUGGCAUGCAAGAUUAUCUUCAGGGCUUUAAAGAUCCACGAGCCCAAGGAUUUCAUCGGUCCGGAAUUCAUUUCCAUUGAGCAGACAAUUAAAAACCGUAUUUACUUCAGAAAAGACGUAGAUCAUGAAUUCAAUGAUCUGAAUAAAUCAAGGGUCUAACUGUACGAUCCAGCAUUUUUAGCGACUCGAGAUCGUAACGAAUGAAUAGUGAUACUGAACCAUAAGAAAGAUCGCAAGGAACAGCAACGUCGAAGAAUUUUCGAUUAUUAUUUUUCAAUUUAAUCAAAAGGUAGAUUAUAGGAAAGGGAGAGGCGAGGAUAAAACUGACUUAUUUAUUCGCUAAGGCCGAGGAGAUAUUCAUUGCUCAGAAGGUGAAGGGAGAAGCAUUUUAAAAAUAUUGAAAUGCAGACUGGUGUGUCUGAAAGCAUAUAAUCGUACUAAGUAAUCGGCUCUACAAACCUCUUACCCCUGAUUUUAAAAAGAUAGAGUUGUUAAUAACGACAUUAUAAAGUGUAAGAAGAAUGAAAAAUUAUGAGAAUUUCAUGAUAAAGUGAACGCGUGUAUAAGAGUUGAAUAAGAAAAAUACGAAAAACGAGAGAAAACCCGCAAAAAAAAAAGACUAGCAUAGAUAGGACAACGUUAUGAAAUUUUUUCCUUUUAGAAAUAUAGAGUUUUACGAGAAACGAGAUUUUUUUAAAAAAAUGAAACCCAAACGAAAGCAGUAAAACUAUUUGAAUUUCACGACUAUACUAAACUAAUGUCUUUUUAGUUGGUAACAGAAAGUGCGCGCGCCCAGCAUAAGAAUAGAAUCGUUGUAUAGAAAAUUUUUUAAAUGUCAAUUCAAGUUUCCAGCCAUCGUUUUUCCUUAGUAUUUUUGAAAAUUACCAUUUUUUUCCUUCUCAUUACUAUGCUUUCUAUUUUCCCCAAACGAGUACAUACACUUCAACAUGAAUUUGCUCCAACUCUUAUUAUUCGAAUCGUUCGCCUCCCAUUUUCUGUUUAGUAUCAUAGUUCAAUAUGAAAACAGUGAGGCCAAAAAAAAAAGAGAAUAAUAAAGAAAAACGUAAAAAGAAAAGUUUUAUUAGGUCAGUUUUUAUUAAAAAAAAAAAAAAUAAAAAAAUAAAAAAAAUAUGAAGUAUAUUGAUAAUGAAAAGAAAUAAUAAUUAUCCUGCUCUAUGGUAUAAACGGCAGUUGUGCGAUUUGUUAUGGAGAGAACAAAUGAAAAAUACAUAUAUAUAAAUAUAUAUUCAAAGAUAUAUACCUUUUAUAUCAUUUCACGGAUUUUUGUACUGCAGCACAAGUCGCAACCUGAUCGUCUUAAUGAAUAAACAAAAGUAAAACAGAAUGAAAAAAUGAGAAAAAAAAUUGAAAAAAAAAAGAAGAAAAAAUUUUAUUUACGAAUUACCAACACCGUGAAUACCAUAGUAUGAGUGUCUACGAAGGACUAUCUAGGAUUUAAUGAAUUUAAUGCUGUAACAACAACAGAAAUGCAUUGCGUCAAAUGCGUCAAUAUUGUGUAUGUUCUGAAUAAGUUUUGAAAUCCCUGUUAACUCGGGGGUGGAAGAGACAAAAAACAUUCACCCAAGCUCGUCGUGAUCAAGGACUCUCCGUACUCUUUCGAUCUAGUUUGACGUUGUACACGUUUUUUUUUUUUUUUUAAUAGUUAGGAUCUUGGAUAACUGUCAAAUGCAAAAAACAAGAAUAAUUAUUCUGUAAGAUUUGUGAAUAAUAAUUACUUGGGGAAAAUCAAUUAGAAGUUUGUUGAGUGAAAAGUGAAUGAAAAAUAAUUUCACUCGCAUUGGCCUACUAAAGAGAAAAUAAACGAAAGAAGAAAUAAAAAAAAAAUAAAGUGACGAGAUUACGUCGAGCUGGAGAUACGAAAAAGAAAAACAAGUUUUAGGGUCGAGAGAGAGGCAGAGAGAUACUCUCUGGUAUAUUAUUAUUAAUGAAUAUAACAAACAAUAAAAUGAAAAGGAAAAAAGUAACAAAGAAACAAAAAAACUUAUACUGUUAUUUUACUUGUACUGGUAAAUACAAUAAUAAUGAAUAUUAAUUGAUAAUUAAUGAUAAUAUGAAAUUAAAUUAUUGUAAAAGCAACAAAUUUAGAUACGAAUAGGGUAAUAGGAGAGAGUAACGAAAGUGGCGGAUUAUAAUGUGGCAUUGUAAGCCACGAAAUAUUACACGUACCCAAAAAUAUUUCUAUACCAACUGCCCAAAUUGUUGGUUUCCACUAUUUUCUUCGUUUUGUCAUCGACUCAAUUUAAAAUCACUUGCUUUCGAAUGAAUUUUGCUGCUUCCGAUUAAACGAUAAUUUCAAACUAUCGGUCAAGAAGCAUUUCCUCAUUGCCAACGUUUGACUCUCAUGAAAAUUGCAAAUAUAGAAUUCUCUCGAAUGAAAAACACUCGAAGCCAAGAGUGAUGCACAAGACUCUGUCGAAUUUGAAUUGAGCACCGACAUGCGUUUCGUCUUUCAUAAAACAUUUUUCUACUCGAUAGCCUAAUUAUCGUAAAUACGUAUUGUAAAGAAACAAAUUCAAGAAUAAUUGUGAGAAAAAAAUCGUUGAAGAAAACAAAAAGGUUUCGAAAUGCUAACGACCAACUUCUAGAAAAUUCAAGAGAAAAAAGAAUGUUUUAUUCGAUACUACGCGAUUACCUGUAAAUGCCAUUUCAUUAAGGGUUGCACAAAGUAAACCAACAAUAGGGCAGGCCAAAUUACAAAAACAAUAUACUAUAUUUUUGACAAAUAAGACGCAUUCAACAACAAAAAAGCAAACGAAAAUGAAUGAAUAAAAAGAGAAUGAAAAUAUACAAAAUGUCGAAUUGCUCGAUUGGUGGGAACGAUCGUUGGGGCUCGUUACAAUAUUUUAUGUGAUCAAGAAUAACCGACUAUUGAUAUUCGUUCCACUGAGGUAAAAACGUUUUUUUUUAAUGAACAAUAAAUGCAUGUGCGUUUAACGACGAAAGAACAGCGAUUAUGGAUAUUUAAAAAUUGAAGAGAAACGACGACGAAAAAUUUUGCCAUAACGAGCCAACAAUUAUUCCCACGCUUCGAGCAAAAGAUCUACACAUAAUCACUAGGCUAUUAUGUACAAUGAAUGAAUUAUGUGACGAAGGUAUAUAGUAUUAUAAAACCACUAUCGGAUAAAUGGAAAUAAUAACACACGAACAUAUGUAUGACGAUUAAAUUCAUCAUCGGUUAUACUCUGUAUGAUUGGAGAUAAAAGAAAGGAAAAAUAAGUUAAUAAGACAAACCAAUGUUAUUAUUAAUCAAUCGAAGUUUUGAUAUUUGGAUGAUAAGAUAUGAUAAUUGUUACUACGUGUGACAAUAUACGUACGUUCACAGAGAAAAAAUCCUAUCGUAAGAAACUUUUUUUUUUUUUUUUUUUUUCAAUGGUAUAAUUAAUAUAUAGGGGCUUUUUGCUUGUACCUGAUCGACAGGGAAUCGGUGUUGUCGAUAAUAGUACUGAUAAAACAACACCGCAAUUAAGCUCUCAAAUAAAAUUUUCAUCAAAUAUUGUCCCCCGAAUCGUCGUGAGAAUAAUAUACUUGAGAUUUAACGUGGCCCAUCGGUAAACCUUGUCGUUUGUGCCAAAUACAGGGCAGAAAAAUAAUGAGAAAGGACAAUUUCAAGCGCUCGAUAAGGUAGCUACUGCGUCUCGUGCACGGUCCGAACAAUGCCAAGUCUUUUGUAAUCAUAUUUUGUACGAUUUUUCAUAGAUUUUUCCAACCGUUCGAUAGAUUUUUUCUCGUUUUUAUUUUUAUCGUCGUUAAAAGUUACUCUUUUUUUUAACAUUACUGUCAAAAAUCGUUCUUAACCUUCGCGUGGAAUGAAACUAGCUCCGAGGAUCAUUAGCUACCUUAAUUAACCCGGUGUGACUAAGCGAAUGAGCGAAAAUUUGAAUAUUUCCAAAGAAAAUCAAUAAAAUCUCAAUGUUUUUGCGAAUCUCUCGUUUGUGUAUUUAUGGAUAUAAAUUAAAAUUGUUAUACGGUAGCUUUGAGAAUAGACAGCAACAGAAAAAGGAAAAAAAAAAAAUUAAGAAAGAAAUGAAAAAACAGAAAACUUUGUGAUUGGAAAUUUGUGCUGAAGAAAUACAUUUUAUACCGUCGUUUCUCUGUGGAUGUAUCUGACACAAUUGAGAAUUUGGCUAUACGAUGAGAUUGGACCUGAACACUUUUGCGAGAAGUAGAGAAUAGAAUGAAAAUAUAGUAUCGCGCAACGGUGCCCCUCCGUGUGUCGCGAUAGUUUUUUUUAUUCUUCAAUUUAUUCAACGAUUAUAAAACGAUUAUCGAAAGUAAUAGGAUUGUGCGUACGAGGGUAAGCGCAGCAGCGCCCUCCUUGAUGGGAAGAAUGAAAAAGUUCUGUCGAACGUUUUUUCGAUAUGUCUAUUGGGAGUCUGCAUUCUCUUUGUACCAAUAAUCCCUUUUUUCAAUGGAAAAACCCGUAAUUAUAUGUAUGUCGUUUCGAUGUUGAAAACAAAAAUAUUCCUCGAUCGAAGUCAUUCUUUCGUAAGGAAGACGCACGAAGACAAAUAAUAAAAUAACGAGAUUGCAGGACUCAAUGGAAACACUCAUCAUGACAACUAUUUUUACGAUAUUAUCGACAAAACCGUCUUCCGGAACAAUAAUUAUGAUGACGAUUAUACGAUGAAGAUUGUCUGUGUAGCCUAAAAAGCGCGGUGUAGAAAAUAAAUUUUCAUGAUAACACACAUACACACACGAACACAACACACUAAGUAAAAGACAAGAUUGAAUAUUUAUAAAUGUAAUCGGUAAGCUUGAAGGGAUACACGAAAACGACACACAAUUGCGACACAACACGGAAAAAGGAGGUUAGGUUUUUGCCCAUUGUGCGAGCAAACGAGAUGAAGAUAACACACUUAUUUGGCAUAGAGAGAUUGAUGAAGAUAAAAACGAAAAGUGAAGAUGAACAAAGAUAACUAUAUCCGUUAAACCAUUUAGCUUGCGGUGUUGAAAGCAAUGUGCUAUAUAUUGUAAAAGAAUAUAUUAAUAUUGUGGGCUUUGUUGUGCGAGCAGGUGGCGCAGUCUGUCAACAUUUCGAGUUCCAAAACUACGAAACACAAGCGUCAUGACAUUUGAGGGUAACUGACACAACACGAAACAUACUUUGCUCGUACAACAAGGUCGUAAAUAAGUGAAAAAGAAACAAAAAAUCCGUAGGGUUGGUUGGCAGAACAGUGGAUUAUUUUUCAUUUUUACAUUCAUUCAUUAUGGAGAUUUACUGCAACGAUUUACAAUAAUAUUCCAAAAGAUUAAAAAAAAGUAUCGUGAUUAUCUUUUCUUUUGUUAUCUAUGAGAUUAUUAUUGACGAAUUUCAAUAUAAAAUAAUAUAUAAAAAGAUUUUUAUGGACCCACUGUUCGUCAACCACCCGGGAAAACAACAAGAUACAAUAAAUUACGUACGAGAUAGUCUAGUUAUUAUGCAAUAUUAAUGAUAAUAGUCUGUAACAAAUUUUUUUCGAAUUCCAAGGUGGUUUAUCGUUCUGGUUGUGGUUUAUCUGCUACACUCACCGUUUUCACACCUUUAAUGAAUCCUUGAAACUCAUAUCACGAAUUUCGUAUUUUCGAGUACGUUUGACAAAAUGUUUUUUAAAUGGUGGAACAAACCGGGUAAUAAAGGACGAGAGAGGGUUGACUGAUCGAAAUGACGUCGAAGUUUGUAUCGUUCUAAAUUCACUGUCAAAUCAUUUACUAUUGACCAUCAUUUUUCUGAGGUUUCCAUCAUGGCGGAUACGCUUUUACGUCAAAAAACGGCGACGUCGCAUUUGCUGCGAAUUUUCGACGCUGAAAAAAUUCAAUUUUUUUAACAAUUCGACGAUACAGACUUCAAUAUCAUUGACUUUUUCAAUCAGCUUCGUUCGAAUGGAAAAUUAUGCAAAAUCAUAUUUUUCUUUUCGUGUUUCAGUAAUUGCGACUUAGUAUUUAUUGUUUUAACCAAGUGUCAUUAGGUGUGUGAGUGAAAAGGCAUUUGCCAGAAUAUUUAGAUGUCUAUUUUGUGACUUGAAAUAAUUUUUCAUUCGAGUAUCCCUCGAUUAUUUACAAAGUUUACAUUUCGGAGCUUUUAUUUUGUCUAAAAAUAUUUUAUCGUAUAAAACACAAAAAAAAUAACAAAAUGUUACUCAAAAGUAAGCAUUGCUUCGUGACUUUUACUCUUAUUUUUAAAUUUAUAUGAAAAUAAAGAAAAAAGCAUAUGUAUUUGUCUGGCAUACGGAUAAAGGACUGUGUAGCAGGAGUUGCAGGAAAAUCCGUUUUUUUUUGUUUUUUUAAAUAAUCGACGAAAAAUGACUGUAGUAAAUUCUAAUGAAUGUCAGUACAAAUUGAAUAAUAAAAAAAAGAAACUGAUGGGAAACAUAAUCUAUUGGGCUUGGAAGGAGAGAAAAAAGUGGCAAGGAAUAUUGACAAACCCGUAUUUUUGGCAAUACAGAAAAGAUAAACUCGUAUAGUACGCGAUAAACUAAUGAAUAGUUGACGUGAACGAUGUUGGAUAACCAAUAUUGCAUUUGUUUCUUUUUCGUUUGUUUCUUAUUUCGUUUAUUAUUAUUUUUCUAUCAUUUUCUCGACGACUGAAAGUUUAAACAAAUUAAUAAUGAUAAUAAUUAUCUUGUACGAAAUACGUAAUUCGUAGAACGAAUUUUCAUUAUUGCUUCUUACUGCUAUAAUUAAUUAAUUAGGAAAUGUAUUAUAAUAUAGAUAUUGUCAAUCAAUAAAUUGAAAAACCAAUUUAAA